AUGCGUUUCUUGCUCGGACUUCUGAUAGCAAUGUUCGCAUUCGCUGCCAGCUCCCCAAUCCAUGGAAUCUGGAACAACCUGCCAGCUCCACCGCAAAAACGAGUCUACGGCUUCUACAACUACUUGCCAAAAGAGGAGGACGAUCGUGACAAACGCAACACCAUCAUUCUCCUAUCACCACCUGGCGAGGACUAUUUGGAAUAA